AUGGUGGAUUUACCAGGGUUUGCUCUAUCCAGUACACUUGCCUCUUUCUUCCUCAUACUUUUGGCUGUAAAAGAACCAGUUGACUUUAAAGUGAUUGGUCCUGCCUAUCCUAUCUUGGCCAAGAUUGGAGAAGAUGCAGUACUAACCUGUCAACUCCUCCCUAAAAGAAAUGCGAUAAACAUGGAGGUGAGAUGGUACCGUUCAGAGCUCAGCACACCUGUGUGUGUAUACCGAGAUGGGGCUGUGGUGACUGAGAUGCAGAUGGAGGAGUACAGAAGCCGGAUAGAGUGGAUAGAAGACAACAUUAAUGAAGGAAAUGUGGCUUUGAAGAUUCACAACAUCCAACCAUCUGACCAUGGGCAAUACUGGUGCCACUUCCAAGAUGGCUCCUACAGUGCAGAAACAAGCUUGCAGCUGAGAGUAGCAGGUAUGGCAUCUGAUCCUGACAUCCAUAUGAAGGGGAUUGUGGAGGGAGGAGUCCAGCUUGAUUGUACUGCAGAAGGCUGGUUCCCACAGCCCCAGGUGUAUUGGAAAAAUAGAAGUGGAGAGGACAUACUAACUUUCUCUGAGCACCACUUUCAAAAUAAAGAUGGCCUGUUCUAUGUAGAAUCUACUCUUGUGGUCAGGGAUGCUUCUGUAGAGACUGUGUCUUGUGUCAUUCACAGUCCCAUCCUCAAUGAGGAGAAGAAGUCAACUAUCUCCAUCCCAGAGAAACUCCAGGCUGAACUAGCUUCCUCACAAGUGAUUGGACCUUCCCAGCCCAUCCUUGUCAGAGUGGGAGAAGAUGUACAAUUAACUUGUCACCUGUUACCAAAGGCUAACUCACAGAACUUGGAGGUGAGGUGGGUCCGACUUCACAGAUAUCCUGCUGUUUAUGUGUAUAUGGAUGGAAACCAUCUGGAUAGAGAGCAAAUGGAAGAAUAUAGAGGGAGAACAGUGCUGCUGAGUGAUGCCACUGAGGAUGGAAGGUUGACUCUGACUCUGAAGAUCCACGGUGCAAAAGUGUCAGAUGAUGGGCAGUACCGGUGCCUUUUUGAAAAAGAUGGUGUCUACCAGGAGUCUAGCUUGGAUUUGAAGGUAGCAGACAUGGGUUCUUCUCCACGGAUUACCAUGAAGGAAUUAAAAGAUGGAGAAAUGGAGCUGACAUGUUCUUCAGAUGGGUGGUUUCCUCAGCCUCAUGUGCAAUGGAGGAACAUGGAAGGACAGACAAUACCCUUAUUAUCUGAGAUUCUGACUCAAGACAGCCAUGGGCUAUUCCACGUAGAGACAUCUGUAUUGGUCAGAAACAGCUCUGUGAAUGUGACCUGUUCCAUCAGCAACUCACUUCUGGGUCAAGAGAAAAUGGCCACUUUCCCCUCCUCAGGAUACUGCUUUCAAUUUAUAAAAUUUUGUCCCCAAAAGAACUUAAAUCAGUCUUGUGCCUUCUUUGCUUGA